AUGCUGGGCACGUUCAUCAAGUUGGCCUCCGUGGCUCUGCGUCGUCUGCUAGGGGUCCUCAGAGUACUGCACCGUUCCGUCCAGCUCAGCGACGCGACCCUGAUAGUGAACACUUCCUCGCGGCUGUCAUACUAUUGCGAGACGAUUCGUUCAGGAUUUUACGCAGUUGGACUGCGGCAGUUAGACUUUGUACUGGGGGACACACAAACUGAUGUAAAGACAGUGAGAGGAAUAGAGGGACAGACUGUAACUCUAAACACAGGAUUAACUGGACUACAGAAUGAUGUGAUAAAGAUGCUGGCCAACGGACCUAACCUUUCUAGUGAAUGUGCUGGGUCUGUCAAGGACUGUUCACUGGUGUGCUCUGUGAAAAACGGGAGAGAUGUGAUCCUGUCUUGGUACAGAGGAGAGGAGAUAAUCAACCAGACCAGCAGCCAUGACCCCAACAUAACCCUGUAUUUACCCCUCGAGGUAAAAGAGGGUAACGAGACCUACAGCUGUGUUGUUCACAAUCCUGUCAGUAACCAGACAACCAAACUCAGCAUUGAGGACCACUGUCAGCAACAUACAGGUAAUAUACACCGAUACAUCCUGUCUGGAGUCCUGAUAGUAGUUGCCUUCAUAACAGUCAUUGGGCUACUAGUUUGGAUAUCCUGGAAAAACAGAAAAUUAAAACAUCAAGAUCAACAUAGAGAAUAA